AUGCAUCUCAACGCUGCUCUCGCGAUCCUCGCGGCCUCCAGGGUUGCCCUGGCUGCGCCUGCCACUGAGGAGACUCAAGUCGACCCUGCGCUCCGUCUGAUCAAGACGUCCGAGGCCGACGCCGGCACCUGGGUCACGGAGGACCAGAAGAUUGAGGAGUAUGUCAACAAGCACAUUGGCUUCAUUGACAUCACCGACAUUGUUGACGAUGAGGUCUUGGCGGUCCUGUCCACCCCGCCGGAGGAGGUCCUUGAGGCCAGAGUGACAUACCCCACCACUCUGUCCCACGUCACCGAGGCGAACACCCUCAUCGCGUCGGUCUCUAACACCAAUCCCCAGACGUGGUUGAAGACCUUGACCGACUUCUACAACCGCUACUACCGCUCCACCUACGGUACCCAGGCUGCCACCUGGUUGUUCAACCAGGUCAAGACUGUUGCGGCUGCUAACUCGGCCAUCACCGUCACCCAGUUCACUCACUCCUUCAGCCAGCCGUCCAUCAUCGUCAAGAUUCCCGGAACCAGCUCCGACCUGGUCAUUGUUGGUGCCCACUUCGACUCCACCGGAGGAUCUUCCACUGCCCGUGGACCCGGUGCUGACGACAACGGCUCUGGUGUCGUUGUCAUCCUUGAGGCUCUCCGCGUUCUCGCCAACGCUGGCUUCAAGCCCAAGAACACCCUCGAGUUCCACUUCUACGCCGGUGAGGAGGGCGGCCUUCUUGGCUCUCAGGCUGUCUUCGCCAACUACAAGUCCGCUGGAAAGACCGUCCUUGCCUUCGUCAAUCAGGAUAUGGCCGGUUACUCUCCCUCUGGCAAGCUCUCGGUCUACAACGACUACGUUGAUUCCGCUCUUACCACCUACGUCCGUCUCAUUGGAACCCAGUACACCGGCAGCGCGCCCACUAGCGACGUCUGCGGAUACGGGUGCUCUGACCACGCCAGCGCCCGCUCCAACGGCUUCCCUGCCGCCUACGUCUGCGAUGAGCCCAUCGACACCUCCACCCCCUACAUCCACAGCCCCAACGACAGCUACGACACUAUCCAGUGGUCCGCCGUCCUCCGCCACUCCAAGUUCACCGUCGGUUUCUUGGUUGAGGCUUCUUACUUGUAA